GUUUUCCGCCAAAUUGACCCUAGCCCGUUAUCACCAUGGCCGUUUUCCGCCAAAGGUUAUAUUCCGAUUUCCGCCAAAACAAAUUAAUACAUUUUUUUUUGAGAACCCCUGAACUGAAUCCAUCAAAAUCAAAUAGUGUUGAUUCAAUGUACGCGCUAUUAUUAUAGCGAUAUCCGCGGAUAAUUGACGGAUUAUUGUUCGCUAUCAGUAUGCACCUGUCAGUUGAAGCCGCGUUCUAUAAAAAAGUUUCUAUAAUGUCGGAGAAUAUACCCAAUAUUGAAGUGAUAACCAGUAACCGCGGUAAUAUUAUGCUAAUAUACAAAAAUUUUAAAUUUAUACAUGCGUAUACAUCUAAAGACGGCAUUACUCGGUGGAGGUGCUACGAGAAAAAAUGUACUGCUAAAAUUUUUACAAAAACGAAUUACGUACUAGUCAAGGUUGAAGGAAGUCAUGCAGCAGAUCAUAGUGCUAUCGAUAGACGUCUAAUUGACAGACAAAUUAUCAAUUCAGCCUGUAAGCGUAAAGCAGUAGAAGAUGUAAGUAUGAGGCCCAAAAAAAUAAUUUUACGGGAAAUUGGACAAAGCGUAUGUACUAAUAUUUCAGUUAAAGACGUAGAUCGUGUACGAAAAAAUAUGUAUGAAAGCCGACGAAAAAUUCUUCCGGCUAAUCCAACUUCUAUACAAUCUGUGCACGACUCUUUACGAGAUAUGAACAUUUUGACAAUGCAAGACAAAAAAACAGAGACUUACAUUUAUAUGUUGCAAAAAAUAACGGAAUUGUGUGAUAAUAUGGGUCGUCUUUUUUUACCAACUAAUAUAACUAGUGAUUUUGAAAAAGCUAUACUAAAUGCAAUUUAUGAAGUUUGGCCUAGGAUGAAUGUAGUUGGUUGA